AUGGCAGUAGACGCAUCCAAUUCCGCCAGGGCACCUAGAAAGUUAAAAGAUACACGCUACAAUGUUUUCAAACUUCUUCUCAUCGGACUCGUUUUCCACCUCGUAUACAUUGGUUCCGUGUUCGACUGCUACUUUACCAGUCCAGUGGUGAGUGGUAUGAAAAGCUACCACGUCGGAACUGCAGAAGCAAAACGUUUGGUUUUGAUCGUCGGUGACGGUCUUCGGGCCGAUCUUCUCUUUUCCGUCAACCCCUUCCCGAAUAUCGUUGAUUCACCCCAAAUCGUUGCACCUCAUUUAAGGUCAAUUGUUGAAAAUCGAGGCGCUUUUGGCAUAUCCCAUACUAGAGUGCCAACAGAGAGUCGGCCUGGUCAUGUUGCAAUUAUCGGCAGAGGGCGUGGCAUGUAUGAGGACGUCUCAGCUGUGACGAAGGGCUGGAAAACCAAUCCCGUCGAUUUUGACUCUGUAUUCAAUCAAUCAAGCACAACCUUCUCUUUUGGGUCUCCUGAUAUACUGCCUAUGUUUGCGAGGGGAGCGACCCCUGGCAAAGUGAAAACAUGGAGUUACAACGAGGAAGAUGAAGACUUUACCAAAGACGCAACCACACUGGAUAUCUGGGUUUUAGACCAACUCCAAACACUGUUUAAAAAUGCCACCUCAGAUCCUACUCUAGAUGCCCAGCUGCGUUCGGGCAAAGUAGUGUUCUUUUUGCACCUGCUGGGGCUCGACACGACAGGCCACUCCUACAGGCCUCACUCCAAGGAAUACAUGAAAAACAUUCAAGUGGUUGACGAUAUCGUUCGUGAUGCAGAGCAACUGAUAUCCGAGUACUAUCAAGAUCAAGAAACAAGCUUCAUCUUCACUGCGGACCAUGGCAUGUCGGUCAUUGGCAAUCAUGGUGAUGGGCAUCCAGACAAUACGCGUACUCCUUUAAUUGCUUGGGGUAAAGGUGUACGUGGUCCGCUUCCAGACACGGUACCAACAUCGCAUGACGCUUACUCUGAGCCAUGGCGCCUAAACCACCUCUUCCGUCGUGAUGUUGAACAAGCAGACAUUGCCUCUCUUAUGGCAGCACUUAUCGGCAUCAGCUGGCCAGUGAACUCAGUCGGUGUUCUGCCUGACGUGAAUCCGACGCUACCUGGCUAUCUCAACCCUCAGGAAGGCGACGAGGCACGGGCAAAAGUCGCCUUGGUCAAUGCAAAGGUUAUUCUGGAGCAUUACCGAAUGAAACAUGAACUGAAGCAGCGACACACGCUGUUCUACCAACCAUUUAAGCCCCUUGAGGGUUCUCACGGCACAGAGCAAGCGGCCAGACUUGUGCACGUUUCAAUGAUCGAACGCCUCAUAUCUAAUGGGGAAUGGCACUCCGCCCGACAGGAAAGUUUGAACCUUAUUCAGCAAGCUCUGCUUGGCCUCCACUACCUCCAAACAUAUGAUCGGCUUUUGAUUCGUAUCAUCGUCACCCUUGCUUACACCGGAUGGGCUGCGUAUGCAUCGAUAUACAUUCUUCGCCCUCCCCCAGCGCCCAAGAGUCCUUUCAAAAGCUACGUUACCUUGAUUUCAGCGAUCGUGCUUCUGGGGUCAUGGACGUUCUUCGCGAUACAGAGGUCACCAUUGACAUUCUACAUCUACAUCGUGUUCCCUUGCUAUUUCUGGAGGCAGUUUCUGUUUCAAGCCUUUCCAUUAAUGAAGUCGCGGUUGAAGGAUGGUGGUAUGUUGAUGUUCUGUGUUGAUCUUCAUUUAUACACUUAUGAAAUACUACUCGGCGGGGCUUCAAUCCUGUUUAUUGGCGGGCGAGGUGUAAUCUAUGUGCUAGACCGCACAGAUGAUCUGGCGACCCGGAAGUCGUUCCGUACUCUCUUCAGUAUUCAAGCCCUCUUGAUUCUAGCUACUAUGCUUAUUACCGCCAGUUCGGUGGUUAAUCUUCAAGAAAAACGAGGUCUCCCUAUAUUGAAUCAGCUGUCAGGGUGGACUAUCCUAGUCGCCUCUUCAAUCUUGCCAUUUACCUCCCGUGGGAAGCACCACACCACCGCAUCGAAGUUGGUGAUGUUCUUCCUUGGCUUUGGUCCCUGCUUUGUGAUUCUGUCGAUCAGUAUCGAGGGUCUCUUUUAUGUUGCAUAUUCUGCCACACUGGUAACUUGGAUCAAGGUGGAGCAACUCGUGCGCAUAGGGCCUGGAUCUCCUCCGUCCUCUGACGUGGAUAAGACCGAAGUGAACAAAGGCCAUACGCCUCAAGACAUCGCCUACAGAUUCCAGCCAGACGAUCUAAGGGUUGCCCUAUUUUUCCUUUUCUUUGUCCAGGUCGGAUUCUUUGGUAUUGGAAAUGUGGCAUCCAUAUCGUCUUUCUACCUGGAGCCAGUCUAUCGGCUCAUACCCAUCUUCAGUCCCUUCUUCAUGGCAUCCCUGCUCAUCUUCAAGAUAGUCGCACCUUACGUGAUUCUCGCGUUAGCAUUUGCUUUGCUUAACCAAGCGCUCCACCUGCCCCCGUUCUCCCUCCUUCUCGUAGCUUUUACGCUAAUGGAUGGAAUGACCCUUGCUUUCUUUUUCAACGUCCGGGAUACCGGUUCUUGGCUCGAAAUUGGACAAUCUAUAAGCUUUUUUUGCAUCACAUCCUUGUUAUUGUUGUGGUCAGCAGGGAUUUGUGCAGCGGGGGAGUACCUGAUAGCAGACCUGAUCUUGACUAAACCUUCCAUCUGA